AUGGCCUGCCAGAUCUUAUUUUGGGUAGUUAUUGGUGUAGAUCAUAUGCCAGACCGUCUCUUUCUGACCCAAGAUGUGCUAAUGGCGAUCUGCCAAAAUGGUGCAUACGAGGAUUUUUUGGAAAAAGAACGUGUUCAGCGCAUACGAUAUUCAUAUUAUGCUUAUGGUGCACUGUUAAUAUGUGGACUGUUGUUCUUCAUUAUUAACAACUAUACGUCGUCAAUAGAUCAGGCAAAGAGUACCAGUCAGGAAGUUACGCUAUCAACGAUGUCGAGAAGAAAAGUCCAACAAAAAGUUGCUUCCUUAAGCACUGUGAAGACGGUCUCCGAAACUAUCCCUAGAAGCAUAAACUCAUGUGUUCCGUUCUAUAAUCUAAUACAAAAGCAUGUAAUGUCUGGAACUGGAAAGCGAAACUGGCCGAAAACAAGUUUAUCACUUGUAAGUGCCUACGCUUAUCCCGAUUAUUCCGUUGUGACCAUCGAGGCAGAUGGAUAUUUCGGACAGAAGGUUUACUGUCGAUAUUUCGACAAGAACUGGGUGGAGCUCGAAGCUUCAGUAGAGUCGGUUGUUUUCCCGAAUUUCAUCAUUCAUUGCUGUAGAUAUCAAAGCGCUGCUUACAUGGGUAUCACUGAAAGUAAAGAUGCCGAAAUCAAUUUCACUGUCCCAGUACUCGACAGGACAAUUGACAAUCCCAAGUACAUUUUAUCUUUGUGUCUAGCACCGAUAUACGGUAAUGAGAGUAAAUGGCUGCUAUUGGCUGAGCUGAUUGAACACUAUAAACUCCAAGGAGUAGAACAUUUCUAUAUUUAUAUCAAGGAUAUCGACAAUUACUCUCGGAAGCUCCUCGAUGACUAUGUGAAAAGUGGAGAAGUUGAACUUGUCUUCUUCAAGGAAGGGCAAGAUCGACCGGGAAAGGAAUGGCAACUUGUUGGUGUGGAGGACUGUGUUCAACGUAGUCGACAUCAUUCCCGCUACUCUAUAUUUGCUGACUUAGACGAAAGGAUUCUGGCACUGGGAAAUUUCACACUAGCUGAAUAUGUGCAAAGAACAAUGAUCAAAAAACCGAAUAUAGGAAUGAUUCAGUUCAGAACCAUGUGGAUAUUGCGUACACAUAAACUACCUAUUUCCUACCAGGGCGAAAGGACUCUUCGCAAUCAUCUUCCGACUUUUGUAUUCCACAACACCUCGGCUAUUGCACCUGUAGGACAUACGGCCAAAUGCGUAUUAGAUACUCGUCGUGUGUUACUUAUGUGGGUACAUUAUGUAUCGAUAUAUUUUCCUGGGUACGAUGGUACUGUUGCUGCUCCAGAGGAAGCUAUUAUUAGGCCUGUAGUACAAAGUAUUGCUACCAGUUCCAAUUCCAACUACCAGUGCGGUCGUAUGUCAACUAUACAUCACGCUGAGAAUUAUGUUGCUUUACUACUAUACUGUCAACGGUGA